UCAAUCCAGUUAACAUGGCGGCGCCCGCAGCGCGAAAAAAGGUUAUCCAAAAAGAUGACCUAAAACGUUUAAUGAGAGAGCGGAAAGAGGCCUUAAGUCAGUCAACAAAGAAAAUAACAUCUCCGUAUGCAAAAUACAACAGUUUAGGUCAGCUGACUUGUUCGGUAUGUAUGGUCCACGUGAAAAGCGAGACAUUGUGGGCAGCUCACGUUCUUGGGAAAGCGCACAAGCAAAACGUGGAGGACCUGAAAGAAAGCGCGGCCAAUCGUGUACAGAGUGACAGCAUACUCAGCAAACGGCGAAAUGAUGCAUCAGGUGAUAACCAAGACGGCAAGAACCGGAGCCUACCGGGAAGUGCCAGCCCGCCUCGGAAGAAGGCAAAGGGGCCUCUCCUUAUGGCUGAUUACUCGUCAGAUGAGGACAUGGAUGUUAGUGCGACAACACCGAAUUCAAGUUCCACAGAAUCUGCACUCCCAAAAGAUUUUUUUGAUAAAGCCUCUGCAAGUCAGCCAAAAGAAACUACAGCAAGUCAACCUCUGCAGCCAAAACCACAGGUGUCAGCUAAAAAGGCCCCUGCAGAAGUUUUGCCAGAGGGCUUCUUUGAUGAUCCUGUCUUGGAUGCAAAGGCAAGGAACGUGGAAUACAAAGACCCAAUUGAAGAGGAGUGGGAGAAAUUUAAAAAGGAAAUUGCAGAAGAAACAACAGUGUCGGAAGCUAUUAUGGCUGAAGAUAUCGAGGAAAGCAAAGUGGAGCGCGACAUCGAGGAAAUUGACGAGCAGAUCCACAACUGGCAACGGGUUGAUCAGCUUCAGCAGAGGAAGGAGGAGCUUAUGAAGAAAGAAGUUGCCGCUAACGAGGGCAGUCAGGACAGCAACAGUGAUUUGGAAGAUGAGGAGUACGAGGAGUUCCUCAGCUGGCGAGCGAAAGGAGUAUGGAAAGAAUGACUGCGUCCCACCUUGGCUGCUUAUAGCGUGACUGAUGAAUAUCUUGCUGUGCUGGUUUCUCUUGUCGGGAGUUUCUUCACAAGAGGUCCACUAACGCCUCUCACACACAUCCUGAAGCUUUUGGGUGCUUCAGCUAGGCUCUUGUACCGUGCGGCGGAAACUGCCACAGCUUAGUUUCCCUGUGCGAAUUAUGCAGGUUGUCUGAAAAAGGAUUUCCAUCAGAGAUGUUCUCAAGUCUAUUACAUGUCGUCUCAUUACGAUGCUGCAACAUCAUCGACACAUUGUUCAUUGCCAUCAUCACACUCUUUGGCUAACAUUAAAGAUGUAUAAAGUGUACAGGUUUGACAACAUGGUUCACUGUGUAUCUGAAUUUAAAAAAGUACUUCAAGGUCCAUUCAGCCAUUUUUAGUUCUAAACUUCAUUAUUAAUUUAUUAAGGUAAGUGGUUUUCUACUAUCAUCUUUGAAAAGAAUAAAACAUUUUUUCGUCAUGUAA